AUGCACGAAUAUCAUUGCUCAAAAAUAUGCAAAUAUACACAAUUUGGUCCAAAAUUUAUUUGUAAAACAUUAAAUUCUUUAAAUUAUAAAAUGUUUCUUCUCACUGUUUUAUUGCAACCAACAAAACAAUUGAAAAAUUUAAAUGGUUGUAGUCUAUUAAAAACAAAUAGAAAACGAGCAGGUUUUAUGAUUUAUGUCUAUGAAGAAGCUGAAUAUUUACUAAAUUUUGAUCCAAUGAUGUCGUUCUGUGCUUAUCAAUUAAUUGCUUGUACUCAACAUAUACCACUAGUUCAAUAUAUCGAAAGACAACAGAAAACUUAUCUACAAUUACUAGGGAUAAAAGAUUCUUAUCAUCUAUCGCUCAUGUCUAAUUUUAUGCAUUACGCUGCAGAAAAAUGCGAAGUCACUGGAAUAACCGAUAAAAAAUGCUUUACAAAUUGGCUGUGUAAGUGCCAAUUUGAUUGGAUGCCUGAAGAGUGUUGGCUUGGAAGUUACACUUUAAUUAAAAGAAAACACAUGCUUAUAAAAUUAUUUUAA